CGCCGUCGUUCAUUCGUGUUUGUUGUGCAAUGCAUGUUGUGAGUGAUAAUCUCGUGUUGAUAGUUAAUGCAAAAUAAGUGAAUGCAGAGAUAACAGCAGUGCAGUGAUUAUCGAAUUUCGGUGUGUUUGCUUUAGCAUUUUUUUGCUCACGUUUACUUUACAACGCGUGACGUAGAGAACACUGCGAGAGAUACCAUCUGUGUCUGGAACCGUCCCGAAUCUGCUGAUAAUGUCGAAGAUCGACCAUCGCGUAAUUAAAUUUCAUCAAUCCUUUUUGUAUUGGUAGUGGUGGUGCCGUAGUCCGACUGUUUCAUUACACUAUAUUCCCUUUGUUGUGGCAUAUGAUAUACGACGACAUCAGGCGGAUAAGCAGUGCCCAACAUUGAUUGAUGUAUGAUAACGAAGAAUAGCAACAAAGGCUAGUCUUAACUGAAUCGGAAAGUGGAGGAGCCAAACACAAUCACACUAUUAUUAGCGUAAAUAGAGGCGCACACUACGUCUUGGAUUUAUGUAGUAGACGAUGUGUAUCACCAGGGAAGCGUAACACAGCUCUACAAACUCGGGUCAAUUAUCAUCUACGGAACCAGCAGCAAUCGCACUUUGAUUGUCCGCUGUGAGAAGAGCUCCCGUUCACCAUCGCAACAUAGGCAACAUAGGAGAUGGUGUGGAAUAAUAUUUGAGAAGUUGUCUACGCUUGCUUGUAUCACUAUUGCAUAAAGUGUCACUGUCCUGCGGAGGAGUGUAACGGAGCCAUACGGAGGGACGAUGCAUUUCUCAAUUCCUGACACACAAGAGUUUAGUUCGGACAAUACAGGAUCAUCAUUCACGGGCUUCAACAUACACAUCAAUGGUAGCUUCCACUGCUGCCUGCGCUACAAACAGCUGCACAGCCUUCACGAGCAGCUGAAACGGUCACUGCCCACACUGGUGCUGCCGAGCUUUCCGUCCAAGAAGCUGCUUCCACUGACGCCGGGACAGAUCGAACAGCGGAGGAUUAGCCUCGAGCGGUACAUUCAACUAGUCGGUCAGGAUCCGGUUCUGUGCCGCUCGGAGCUGCUGCGAACGUUUCUGCUGAAUGCCCAGCAGGAGUCCUCGUUCACAGAAUGCCGCGACGUGACGGUGGACGUGUAUCUCAUGAACGGCUACCGAAUAUCGACCAAGGCGCUCACCACCGACUGCUCGAGCAAGGUUCUGGAGAAAGCCUGCGCCCUCAUAGACCUCCCCAAAGAGUACACGUACUAUUUUUCGCUGUACCUGGUGCGCAAAGAGAGCAGCGGGGACAUCACCAUCGCCAAGAAGCUGAUGGAUUUUGAGGCACCUUUCAUUUCCCAAAAGCAAUGGGAAGACUGCAAGAUAGUGAUACGAACCAGCUACUGGGACAUCAAUUACGACCUGGAGCUGAUGCGGGACCGGAUCGCACUGAAUCUGCUCUACAUCCAGUCGCUGAGCGACGUGGAACGGGGCUGGAUAAUUACCAGUCGCGAUUUGAGCGAGCAGUUGACCGAUCUCCAGGCGCGGGGGAAUAAGCGCGAGUAUCUCGAAAUCGUCCGCAAGCUGCCUCUGUACGGUUGUUUGCAGUUUCCUCGGGUGUGCGUAGACUACCCUCAGUCGAACACGAUGGCGACGGUGAUCAUUGGAAACAGGGAGCUAAAUUUGUUAACUCAUUACGGGAAGAAGAUACAGGAAACCAAAUUCAAGGUCACACGAAUAAGAUGCUGGCGGGUAACAACGAUUCAUAACAAUGAAGAAAUCUGCUCAAACUCAUCGUCGGAAAGCAGAGAAUUGUCGAACAACUUGGAGCUUUCGUUCGAGUAUUUGAUGGCCAAAAAUCAGCUCAAAUGGAUCACCAUCUACAGCGAACAGUCGAUGCUUAUGUCCGUGUGCCUUCAGUCUAUCGUAGACGAACUACUAAACCAGAAGAAUGGCUACGAUAUGAAUAAUGUUCAGUCUCACCAGACCGAGUUCGCUCCUCUUUCCUACAUCAGACGGGAUGGUACCAAUUACUGCAUCACCGACUCAAGCUCAACGGAUACACUGAGUAGUAUUAGUGAUAGUAACAGUACAUCGAAUCAAUCCAACGGAAGCAACCACAACAAUGGCACCUCGUCGUUCAUUCGGCGAAAGCUGAAGGAGUUCAACACGACGGUGCGGUUCAAGAAUGGCAAGGAUUCGGUCCACAACGAAGCGUUCGAGUGGAUCGGAGAUGACGAUUUGUGAAAAGCUUGCGCUAGAGACGCAAGGUCCAGUAGGGAUACACACCCACACACACACAUACACACCUAGCGUCCUUCGAACGUAACACUGAUUAAUAUUAGCCCCACGGAGCGAAUAACAGACAAAGAACAACGCCCAGGCACUUUUGCAAAUUGAUUUAACACGAUGUGUGUAGUGCGGAAUAAUGAAACUGUUGGUAUGAUGUCACUAUUCUGGCUUCGUGUAUAGAAUACAGUAUUAUCCACUGUUUGAA